CUCUGCUCGCCAUAUAGCGUUUAGUUGUCCAAUGUUUCCCCGCCCUUGACUCCCUUCCGCCUAGCUCUCCCCUCGACCGGCUUUCCAUACUUUUAGUUUUUCUUCCUCUCCUCCUUGUUCUGCGUAUAUCCACUGCACCUGGCCAUUUUAUUGCACAUAUCACAUUACUGUCUAAUAUUUCACUAACCUAGCCUUCAUUUUCUAUUCACCAUAUAAUUCAAAAGAGAAGGGGUUCCUUCAGUAAGUAUGAACAAGGGCGCUUUGGGAAUCAAAAUAAAGGCGGCGGGCACGCAGGGAAUAUCAAUUGCAGGCCGUGGUAGCCCCCAGCAUAGCAACAAGCGUGGACACAACGACACGCUCACAAUAGCCGGUUCAGCGCACAGCAACAAGAGGGCUAAGCAGGGGUAUCGGCAGAUCACCGGCAGCGCUUUCAACGGCAGCAGCAAGGCGAUCGGCAAGCGGCAGCAUCAGGCGUGGCAGAAACGCAAGCAGUCUAACAUCUCUCGGCAGACAGUGCAGCAGCGCAUCCGGCAAGCGGAGCAGCCUCUGGAGACGUUUGCCGAGCGUCUGCCAACGAUUGCUGAGGUGGGUGCGACGGCUAUGCAGCGGCGCAGCUUCUUUGGGCAGCAAAUGGAGGACGCCUACAAGGAGGCACUGCGGUCAGUGCUAGGACUGGAAAUGCAGAGCCUGGCGCGGGAAAUGGGGAUGGAGGCGACAGUUGAGAUCCGCAGAGCAAGCCACCGGAUGAACACGGAGCAGGCGGGUGACACGCCCGGAGCACCAGUAGUGCGAGUUGGUGUGGGAAGCACACCGGGCGACAAUCUGACGGCCGUCGGGGCGCCGCCAUGUAUUGGCUCCCACGAUCUGGUGCCGGUGCUCGUUUCGCAGCCGUGUAUGACUGCAGGCGGCCUGGUUCGGCCAAUGCCUGUGGACCUGCCGCCAAUACCAUCGGCCAUGCUGCCGCUGCCACUCAUUCCCCCAGUGCCACAUGCAGUUCCUGCUGUCCAACCGCAAGAACCACCGCAGGAACCGCCCCAGGAACCGCCCCAGGAACCACCACAGGAACCACCACAGGAACCAGCCCAGCCACAAUAUCCGCCAAUAUAUCGCCGGCAGCCGCCAGCAGUCAAGCGCAGCAGGAUUUCGGACCGGCUUGGUCCGCAGCCAUUGCGUCUAGCGGCUCGUGGUACCAUGGAUCCGCAGGGCUGGCGGGCCAGGGAACAGAAUUCGCAGUGGGUGCAGAAAAAGGGCAGUAUUAGGGACCGGCUCGGGCCAAUACCGUCGCCAAGGCCAAGCCAGAAUCUGUGGGCGACACAACGAAUCCAGGCAAAUGCAGUGCAGGUAGCUGAACUGCCAGUGGCAAAAGAGACAAGGUCAGGUAGAGUGAAUUCGCCAGUCAAGGAAUGCAAGGCGGUUAGAGAAAAGUCGCCGGCCAAGGAGCAAAAACAGGCCAAAAGUGAGGUCCUGGUGGCUAAGCAGCAACAGGUUGUCGGAGAAGCUCAGCCAUCAAGAACCAAGCCGGCCAGGGCUGAAUCGACAGCGCGGGAGGAGCAUGUUUUGGAGAGAAGAGCGGUAGCCAGAGGGCCAGAGGAGCCACAAAGAGAGGCACGGCAGGCGGCCGACAAAUCAGCAGUUGCAGCAAGACAAGCGCGGAAGUUGAGCGUGGCAAACACAGGACCCAUGGCACGGCAAUGGAAUCCCAGCAGAAACCGGACACCUGCAGAGCCCCGGCGAUCAGCAAUGCGUGCACUCCGGCAUAGAAGCCCAUUCAGAGCGGACAGGGAACUGCGGCAUAGAAGUCCAUUCAGAGCAGACAGGGAACUGCGGCAUAGAAGUCCAUUCAGAGCGGAAAGGGAGCCUCGGCAUAGAAGCUCUUUCACAACUAACAAGGAACCCGGGCCAGGACCCAGGAGCCGGUCACCAGCGAACCCGAAUAUCAGCCGACAAGUUGCGAAAUCCACACAGCCACUGCCGACGAUUGCGGAUAUCAGGCGCUGCAAGAACCUCCUGCCCGGCGACUUGCGGCCCAAGGAGCAGGUGGCAGAGAAGCCAGUGCCAUUGCCCAAGGAGUUUGCGGUGACAGCCGAGAGCCUGCCGGACAUGGACGAGGAUCUAGAGGAGCUCUGGCAUAUGCCGAUGGAGCCGCCGGUGGAGCGGCCAAAGCACAGGCGCGCCAAGACACCGCCCAUGGACGACUACGACCCACCCAGGUUCGAUGCGCCGCGACGGGUUCUGGCGCCACUGACGCCGCCCGAUGACCGGUCGAUGUCCCCGGAGUACAGUAGACAGCGGCAGUAUUGGCAGCAGGGAAGGGCGGUUAGCAGAUACGGGCGCAGCAGAUAUGAUAGGCGGCCGCAAAGUGCGUGUGGGGACCAGGAAAUGAAGCAGCAGAGGUCGCCGCGCAGGCAGACCGCGGGCGUUGUGCCACGACCGGUGAUUGUUGUCUCGCGGCCGCUGGAGACAGGACGCAUGGAUCCGGUUACUCCCACGUCGCCGGAGCUGCCAAUGUUCAGCCGGCGGCCGACAGUGGACCUGGAGGACAUGAUCGACUACGGCGAUGACUCGGACGACUACCUGAGUCUGUAGCAAGGCC